AACAGACCCACAGAUAAUAAAGAAAUGGGGUCAGAAUCUGUACUGAAUAUUUUUGUAAGUUCAAGCCUUCAAGUCACUAAACUUUGAAAUUAGCAAAGACCAAAGAGCUGCAGCAAGUUACAGAGAGGAAUCACUGCCAUCUUACCUUGCUUCUGGAUUGUGCUCGCUCUGUAUGCAGCCGAGUGGAGUGCGACACUGCUCCUACGCGUCCUCGAGGAAGAAUCURUAUAUUAACAAAAGCACAAAGGUUGUCUGUCAGGGGUUUACAGGCAAACAGGGCACCUUUCACAGCCAGCAGGCACUGGACUAUGGCACAAAUCUMGUUGGAGGAAUUUCUCCAGGAAAAGGGGGCAAAACUCAUCUGGGCUUGCCUGUCUUUAAUUCUGUAAAGGAGGCCAAGGAACAAACUGGUGCUUCUGCCACUGUUAUAUAUGUCCCUCCUCCGUUUGCUGCUGCCGCGAUCAACGAAGCGAUCGAUGCGGAGAUGCCGUUGGUUGUGUGCAUCACUGAAGGAAUUCCCCAGCAGGACAUGGUUCGGGUUAAACAUAGGCUGCUCCGUCAAGAUAAGACUCGACUAGUGGGCCCAAAUUGCCCUGGAGUCAUCAAUCCUGGAGAAUGUAAAAUUGGUAUCAUGCCGGGACACAUUCACAAGAAAGGAAGGAUUGGUAUUGUGUCAAGAUCUGGCACCCUGACAUACGAAGCUGUUCAUCAGACAACGCAGGUUGGAUUAGGGCAGUCUUUCUGUGUUGGGAUUGGAGGAGAUCCCUUCAAUGGAACUAAUUUUAUUGACUGUCUUGAUGUCUUCCUGAAGGAUCCUCAUACUGAGGGGAUCAUAUUGAUUGGAGAAAUUGGAGGAAAUGCUGAAGAAGAUGCAGCAGCAUUCUUGAAAGAAAAUAAUUCUGGCCCGAACGCCAAACCUGUAGUGUCCUUCAUAGCUGGGCUGACUGCCCCUCCGGGCAGGCGGAUGGGUCAUGCUGGGGCAAUCAUUGCUGGAGGCAAAGGUGGAGCCAAAGAGAAGAUAGCUGCUCUUCAAAGCGCUGGUGUUGUGGUCAGCAUGUCUCCUGCUCAGCUAGGCAGCACCAUAUACAAGGAGUUUGAGAAGAGGAAAAUGCUGUAAGYGAAGACACUGUGGGAAACGGUCUCCAAAACACCAGUGAAGCACCUGGCCUCCGCUUAUCUUUUUGUCUGCUAGUCUUCAGUUGCCCAAAUKACUGACACAGGUCUUUGAAUUUGACUUUGAAGCCAUAAACCUUUUGGCUAAACCUGUCUCGAUGUCUCCUUGGUUCAGACGUGAUCACCYGAUUGUAAAUCGCAGCAAACUAAUAAAUCCACUACUAAACCUGAUUCAUCUUCUGAAUUCCUGAAGCAGAGCCAUUUCUUCAGUCAUCAUAAAGAAAAUCAGUCGACCUUGAAGGUUUGAAUCUCUUGUAACUUAAGCACUGCCCAUUUUUAAAGUCWCUUCCAGAGAUGCUUUUAACGGUCAAGGCACUGACUUUGUGCACAUAUCACACUUUGCUUUGCUUUAAAAAUAAAGUCUUACUUGUUCAUUGUUGGCAAGUACAUUUGUUUAAAUGAUAGGCCAAAGUUUCCGUCCAUUAAACCAAAGCUGCUGGAUCUGAAGGGAUUGCUUGUUAAUUCAGAGCUGGAUAUGCCUCAAGUCCAGACUUCCUUUUGAAGGCUGAUGAGCCAUGCUCACCUCCACUGGCAAGGAAUUCUGCUUGCUGUUCUGUGAAGAGAUGGAAUUUAUGUUCAUAAAUCUGAGUGAGAUUUCCCAUGUGAAAGUAUAUUCAAAAUGAUCUGUAACCAUGAAAAGGAUUUAGGUUUUUGCUUACAUGAAUUUCCUGUUUAACCGUAAAAGCACCGUAAAAGUGUUGUUUGUGUGUUCUGAAGUCCUAAAAACACUCAGUGCAUAAUGGAGGAGAACAGUUAUUCUCAGGAAAGAAUGUAAUAAUGUGUCUUUCUUGUUAAUCACUCCAAAAUCCAUAGUGGAAAGCCCUGUUUUACUCUGAAAUAGCCCAGAUACAGUGCCUAUAAUAAAUGAAUUCUACAAGUUUUAUCAGGCUAGGCUAAGCCCUAGAUUGCUUUCUUAAUGCAGAGGACUGAAAAUUAAUUCAUGUGGCCUGGCACUUGUCUAAAGCAAACUUUGUUUUCCAUAAAGGUGCUGUUACAAAAACUUGUGUUGUUAUUUGUUUAAAAGGGUUCAUAGUUUUCUCACUGAAACACUUUACCAUUUUAUCUUCCACUUUGCAAGCAAGGAGCGUCUUGCCAGCAAUGAAGCAUCUUGAUGGUGACAUUUACAGUUCCCAGGUCUAAGCCCUGAAGAAAUGUGUAAGAGGACAGGUCAUAUCUGUGCUGCACUGAAGAUAUAUUAAUAUGCUGCAUUUACAGGAAGGCAUUAAUCAGAGGCUCUCUGGCCUGAGGACAGAGACCAGAUACUGCAUUAUUCACCUUGGUAUGCUUUACCAAGAGCUGAUGCCACGGCACUAGCUGCCUAAAAAGAUGCAUUGGGUGAUAAAUUGUUUGAUAAGGCCUAUGACAACUCAAAGGAGUUUCUUACUAGAUCUGUACAGCUUUCAAGUGGAGUCUGGUUUAAUCUGAAGGGAUGGAAAAGAAAGACCAAGCAAUGGCCUUUAACUAGAGAAACACCAAGGUUAAACAUGUUAGUCUGUGUAAGAGUCCGAUUCUUCAGUAGGGUAUGGCAGAAUAUUACAGCUCUUUUAAUGAGCUUGCUAAUUAAGAUAAUUCAUUGUGGUGGUGGGCUUCUUUAUAAUGUGUUUUUUGGGGAGGACUUGUUGGUGAACUGCCUGAGUUGCGUCAGUGUCAUCAGCGUUGUAAUAAUCGACCUGCCAGGAGAGCUCGAGUGUCACGAGCUGCUGCUCGAGCUUCUUCCAUGGAAGCCCUUCUAAAGGCACCGGCCUGAUUAGAAGGUAACUGUAAAACUCAGUGACUGUUGUCCCUUGGAAAAAUGCUCCCUCGUGUCUUGGAGUCUGAGGAUGGGUUUAAAAACACGAUAGUGAUUCCAGUCUGGUUGCCUGGUCCUGUUGCAGGCUCGUGYGGCCACCUUGCUCUGUGCCAGCCUGGACUCAGUGUCUCUUUAUCUGACAGAAAGGCUUCAGUUUCG